UCGUGUAAGAACCGCAUAUACCAGAACUAAAUUUCUACAGCCAGCAUAACAGACAGUCUUAACUUUUACUGUCGUACCGUCAUUACCAUUAUUAAUUACGAUAUUAAUUUACCGGUUAAUUAAAAUUAUUUAUUUAAAAACUCUGUUACCACAAUAGUUUUAAUUUUCAAAUUUAAAUUUUAAACUUUUUUUCAAAGGGUCGGAGUUUCUUUUUUUUUUUUAAAUUAUUUAUGUGAAAUGUGUAAAGACAAGUGUAUUGUAACUGUGAAAAGAGAAUUAAAUAUAUAUGUAUUUAUAUAUAUUGAGAAUCAGGGAAAUAAGUAUGUAGAAAAAGAAAGAUAAAUAUAGUUAUAUAUUAGUUAGGGGACAGAGUACGAUUGCGCGCGCGCAUCUAUUAUAUUGAGGAGAUAACAAACAAAUAACGUGUGGAGAACAGACGCCAGCGAGCGGGAGUUACGAACAGUACAAUCGUGUGUUUAUACCAUUUAUUAAAUAAUGAUUAGUAGUACCUGAUACUAGUGAAUUUAUAUAUUUUAGAUUAUUUAUAAUUAUCAUUAGUUAAUUAAUAAUCAAAUAUUUAACUUUAAAUGUGAGUGUUAUUAUUUUAAACUAGUGAGACGAUAGAUCUUAAUAUAUACCUAUAUACAUAUAUUUAUUUAAUAGAGUAAAACGCAAAGGCUGUGAAAUUUGAAAAAAAUCAUGGCUUAACCUUAUAGUUUAAUUUAUAAUAAUGAAAAUAACAUAUUGUGAAAAUUUAUAUUGAUUUAAAAUAUUUAUUUGUGAUUUGAGGUAUAUUAAUAUUAAGAAUCGUUAAAAGUGAUAGUAAAAGGAGUUAUCGUGCAGUUACAUAUACAUAUAUAUCAACGACCAUUUUCAACGGGAUUAAUCUGUGAUUUAAGUGUGUUCUAUUAAUCAAUAAUAAUAAUAAUAAUAAUAUCAAUAAACAAGUGAUUUUUAGUUUUACUAUAAAUAAUAGUGAGUAUCUACCGAAUAGUGAAUUAUUUAAAUUAAUUCAAAAGUGCCCGAAAUAAUAAAAUUGGAUUAUAAUCAAAAUGAUAAAAUUUAUAAUCAUCUUUCGAUGCGGAUCAUAAAAAAAGUCUAAUAAUAAUAUAUAUUGGGAAGAUAAAUAAAAUUUUGAAAAGCAAAGUGAUUUAAUUUGCGGUGCUGGAUCGCCGCUAUCGUGACAUGUGACAUGUUAUUAUAAAUUGAAAUAAGUUAAUUUAUUAAUUAAUUAAUUUAUUUAUAAAAGAAAGAUUAACAGUGAUACUAUACAUACGUAUAUGUACCCGCGCGUGAAAUUCAUUUUGGAGUACGAGGACAAGCACGGUCACCACGGCGUUCAACAUGUUCGAAAUGUGGAGCGCGGUGAGUUCCAAAUUGGAACACUCCGCGACUUCCUCAGGUUCGCCGCUACCCCUUACAUCUCAUACACCUCAAACACCUCAUACAUCUUCAGGCAGCAUAAAAGCCCAGAUCGAGAUAAUCCCCUGCAAAGUUUGCGGCGACAAAAGCAGUGGUGUACACUACGGUGUAAUCACCUGCGAGGGUUGCAAAGGGUUCUUCAGGAGGUCACAGUCAUCAGUUGUAAACUAUCAGUGUCCGAGAAACAAGAAUUGUGUGGUAGAUCGUGUCAACAGAAACCGGUGUCAAUAUUGCCGGCUACAAAAGUGCCUACGACUUGGCAUGUCCAGAGAUGCCGUUAAAUUUGGACGUAUGUCAAAGAAGCAAAGGGAAAAGGUUGAGGAUGAGGUGAGGUUUCAUAGAGCGCAAAUGAGAGCAGCUUCAGAGACAGCACCAGAUAGCAGCGUCUUUGAACAUCAAACUCCAAGCAGUUCAGAUCAACAUCACUCUUAUAACGGCGGCUACACGUAUGGGGGCAGCGAGUACGCAUCUCCAGGUCCAGGUACAGGAGGUUCGGGAUAUUACAAUCACCAGGCAAUAACUAAUUACGAGCUAAGUGCUGAUUACGUCGACAGUACAACAGCUUAUGAUCCAAGACCAACCCAACAAGUCGAUCCAGUUGCUCCUGACACACCUUCUGUUACGGCUAGUGGAGUUAUGGCCAGUGUCGUCACCACAGGAAAAUCCUUGUCUGCAUCGACAACCGGAAGUGGCAACAGCAGUGGAAAUAGUAGUGGUGGAGGAGGAGGAGGUACCGGUGGUGGUGGCGGCAGUGGAGGUGGUGGUGGAGGAAGUGGUAGUGGUAAUAGUAGUAGUAAUAACGGUAACGGGAGUAACGGUAAUGGGGGAGGUGGUUCCGGAAGUGGGUCUUUAAGUGGCGGUGGAAUAGUUGCCGUGAAGCAAGAAACGACGAUUGAGCUUGCUAACCUUGGUCAUGGCUCUUACACGAUGGUCGACUCAACGACGUUCCUCAGCAAUCAGCAACAGAGAGUCAACAAUCCAACGGAUGAUGACGAAGUUCAUAAUCUGCCCAGUAUGUCUCAUGCAAGAUAUCCGGCAGAAAUAAAUGAGUUGUUAUCAAAAACGAUAGCAGACGCUCAUUCGAGAACGUGUUUAGUGUCGACAGAUCAAAUACAAGAGUUGUUUCACAAGCCUCAUGAUCUUUCCAAGCUGAUUUAUUAUAAAAACAUGGCACACGAACAAUUAUGGCUUGAGUGUGCACAAAAAUUGACUACAGUUAUUCAGCAAAUCAUUGAAUUUGCGAAAAUGAUACCGGGUUUUAUGAAGCUUUCACAGGAUGAUCAAAUUGUCCUUCUCAAAGCUGGUUCAUUUGAAUUGGCUGUGCUACGUAUGAGCAGGUACCUAGAUCUUACACAAAAUUGUGUAUUGUACGGUGAUACAAUGCUACCGCAGGAUGCCUUUUAUACAACUGAUACAGCUGAGAUGAAACUUGUAUCCUGCGUAUUUGAACUUGCGAGAAGUGUAGCUGAGCUUAAACUUACAGAAACAGAGCUUGCACUUUAUAGCGCAGUAGUUCUUCUUAGUCCUGAUCGACCAGGUUUGAAAGGUCAAACUGAAAUCACAAAGCUAUCGCAAGCAGUGAUCUUAGCUUUAAGGUCUCAGCUAGAUCGAAAUCAUGUAUCGCCCAUCAAAGGUGAUGUAACGGUAUGCGACGCGAUGCUUGCUAAGAUACCCCAACUAAGGGAAAUCUCACUUCUUCACAUGGAUGCCCUCGCUAAGUUCAAGCGGUCACAGCCACAUCUUGAAUUUCCGGCCCUCCAUAAAGAACUAUUCAGUGUCGAUAGCUGAACGGCUGAUGUAGAACAGAGCGAUCCAACGUUGACAGACGAUAUGGAAAGCGAAUGAUAUGGGAUCUUGCUCUGUUUAAAUUAUUUCCUUCGUAUUGAACAUAUUGGGCCUUACGUAAACAUAACAUUGUUAUAUAUAAAGUAUACAUUAAAAGCAACAUAAAGUAUAUAUGAAAAAUAUAGAAGUAUAUUAUAAAAUUUAAGAGAUAUAUAUUAUAAAUAUAAAUAAAUAAAUAUAUAUACAUAUACAUGUAAACGUAUUAAAUAAAUUAUUGGUAUACGUAUACAUGUAUAUAUAUUAGAUGAGCUAUCAGUUGUUGUUAUGGUACAUACACAAAGUAUAUUACUGACUAAUAAUAAUUAAAUAACUUACAAGGACUGUCCUGAGACAAAUAUUUAAAAAAAAACACUAAAUGAAUAAAUAAAUGCUCGCUAAUGCGAGAGGGAGUUCGAUUGUUAGAUAUUUUACAUUAUUUAAUAAUUUUUGAUUAAUCGUUAUAAAAUAUGUAAUUAAAUGAGUAAUGUGUUCUCUUUAUUAUAAUUAUUAUUACUAUUACUACUACUAUUAUAAUUAUUAUAAUUAUUAUUAUUAUUAUUAUUAUUAUUAUUAUUAUUAUUAUUAUUAUUAUUAUUAUUAUUAUUAUUAUUAUUAUUAUUAUUAUUAAUGUUAAUAUUAUUAAGAUCUCUCGUAAAAAAGAAAAUAUUUAAAAAGGUUAAAAUUAUAUUGGUGCGUAAAAACGUUUAACGUUUAAAUAGUUUUUUUUAUUUUGUCUCAGGAGCGUUCUGAAAUGACACCAGGACACGUAGUUAAACUUAAUUGACGUAAAUUUUAACGGAUUAAUCUUUUGGUUAAUGCACUUUUUAUCGACGUGCUUAUUUUCGUUUUUUUUUUUUUUUUUUUCUAUCAAAUACGUAAAUAUUACUUCCCUACAUUUAUUGUGUAGAAAAUUUUUUAUUGUUGUAUUUUAAAUCGUAAAGAAUCAUGAUAUAAACGUAAAUACUAUUAUUAUUAAUAGUUUAUAUAAUGAAAUUGAUAUAAUUAAAUUUUUGUUGUAAAAAUUUUAACAAAAAAAAAUUAUUAUUAUUAUUCAUUAAUUUAUUUAUUUUAUUAUUUUGUUAUCGUUUAUUGUAAUUUGAAUAAUUAGGAAAUAAUUCAAUACGUAAUUUUGAAUGCAAACGACUUUAUUAGAUUUUUUUUUGUUUUUAAAUAUUUUUUAAAACUAAAAUUGUGAAGAAUAAUAAUAAUUAUAAAAAUAAGGCGAAUAGUUAUUUAAAUAUUUAUAGACUGGAAGUAAUAUUUACACGUACGUACAAAUAAAACAAAAAUGCUAAAAAUAAAAAUAUAAUAAUAAGUAAAAUAAUUAAUUAAAUAAAAGUAAUAAAAAAAAUGGUGAAGGAUAGAGAUAUGUAGAUAGUGAUUUAUGUGAAAGAGCUGCUGCAAAUUAAAAAAAAAAUUAUAAAUAAAUAAAUUACGGCGACUAAUAAUGUACCGCGGUGCGCCUGCUGAUACGUUAAUGGUUGAUUAUAAUUAUUAUAUUAUGAAAAAAAAAAUUAAUGAGAUAAAUUCAUAUUAUUAUUAUUAUUAUAUUGAAUAACGAAUAAAGAAUAUUUAGAAAUCAUUUAAUUGUAGAAAAAUAAAAUACACAAACUCCCACUCGCAGAAACACGAAAAAAUAAAUAAUUAAUAAUUAAUAAUAAAUAAAACACAUGAAUCUACGUAAGUGCCGUAAAAUUAAAUAAUUAAUUAUAACAAAAAUAAUAACAAUAAUUAUUAGUAAUGAUAAUUAAAUAAUUAUUAAUUUUUUUGAUUAUGUAGAAAAAUCUAACAAAUCUUAGGCUAAUAAUAAAUAGUUAUAUACACAUGAAAAAUGAUAAAAAUACACACACGUUGCAAUUAGGAGUUAUUAUCGCAAUUUGGAGUUAAAUUUUAUAAUAAUAUAUUAUUAAUAAAAGUUGACGGAUAAUAUAAUGUUAUAUUUAAUUAAUUACAUACAUAAAUAAGUAGGGCGACUGUGGUCGUUGACUGAGAAUCAUUGUUAAAAAAAAAAAAAAAGCAAAAACAAAAAAAAAACAUUUAAAACGUAUUCUGAUAAUACUAAAACUUGUAAUAAUAAUAUUGUUAUGUUAAAUAUGUACUUAAAAUUGUUUGUUUUCUUUUUUUUUUUUUCAUUUAUUUCAGUUUGAGGAUUAUCAUUUCUCCAGCACUGACUAUUGAUUUUAAAUUUAAAGUAAAGUUUUUAAAACAGAAACAAAAAAAAUCAAUUUUAAAAGAAAUUUUCAUUUUCAUAAUUUAUUGUUUUGUUUUGUUAAUAACUAUCAUUAUUAUUAUUAAUAUUAUUAUUAUGUUUAUUUUAAAAUUCAAUAAAUUUUACAAUGUCAAUAAAUAUAAAUAUAUACUAAUAAAUUAAUUAUAUAUAAUCAAAUUCAUUUUUGUUUUAUACACUUAUUGUGUUAGUUAUUAAACAAUUUUUUUUUUCUAUUCAAUUAUUUGUAUUGCAGUACUAAAUAAAAUUAUUGAUGAAAUAAAAACAAAAAAUAAGAAAUUAAACUAAAUAAUUAAUAAAACCAUAGGUAUUAUGAUAUCGAACUAUGUUACUCUGGUGAGCGUCCACGUCGCCCUGGCAGAAUCGAAAUUCAUUUAUAAUUAAUGAUAUUCAUACAGGAGUAAUAAUUAAAAAAUAAAAAAAUCUAAAUAGA